AUGGACGAUGAAGACUUCAAUGGCCACCUCUGGCUUGUUAGCCUUCAUCACCCAGCCACGCCCAACCCUAAUGUAUGCAACUCCCGUAGCUCGAACUCAAGAGUUGGUAAGUAGAAGUUCAACACCCUACCCACUCAGCUAUCGAGGGCUAGGGCGUUAAGCUUCUAACCAUCAGGUCACGAGGUCCAGUCUCGGGGUUUGCAUGACUCGGGGUUGGGUGUGGCUGGCCCAUGACGGCUAACAAACCAGAAACGGCCAUUAUAGCCACCCUUGUCCAUAAAGGUAACGUCAUUCCGCAAGAAUUAUUUCCCCGGACGGACCAUGGUUGGUGAUCGAAAAAUUCAAUAAGCUCCAUUUAUGGAACAGCCGGAUUGCGGGAGCAUGGGUCAAUGCUACUCGAAUGGGAGCAAAUGGUCGAAGAGGGAUCGAAUAUGACCGUGUCACUGCUUCUUCAGUGGUUUAUCCGCAUAUUUGUGCUUGGCGGUGACUUUCUGCGACUUCUAUUGCACUGAACAAAGGCAGAUUUUUGCCGUUUCAGGACACAUUUAUUAAAUUCCACAGGCCAUUCAGUACGUUUAACACCAACCGUGUAAUCAUGGUAAGAAGAAUUCGCAGAUAGUACAUCAUUCAGCCGAAGCCGCGGAGAGCGUCAAUCAAGAGCGACACUAAAGGCAAAUCGCAUAGUUUUUCAUCCUUCCCCCCUUUUUCCUUUCCCAUAAUAAAAUAUGAGGGAAAACGCACGGCGAGGUCAGUCAUUGUACAAUAAACAUUUUGUUUACGGUGGCAACAGGUGGGACACAAGACUGCCAACCUCCCGUAAUACCGGUGGCGUUGUGUCAAAUUUCAGCCCAAUUAGACUUAGGUUUAAGUUCAUAGUUUAGGUUAAAAGAGCUUCUGCCAUGGUUAGGGUUAGGAUCAAAAUCAGGACUCGGGAAUAGACGCCCCUGGGAGUUAACGCCAGGCCACCUGCAGAACUCGGGGGAGGUGCAUAUUCCCGUGUCCGCAGGAGCUAAAUGUGGGGCUAAGGCUAAGGUUUGGGUAAGGGUUCGUGAUGGGGUCAGGGCAAGAGCAUGGGUAACCUUCCUAGAAUUGGUCAGUUCCAUUUCGUUGCCGUACCUGAAGUAGACAAGUCUCAGCUUGACCCCUAACCUUAAUCCCUAAACCUUAUCCCCACCCUACCCCCUAACCCUGACCCCUAACCCCCCACAGGUACGUCUACGAAAUGGGGUCUUGCCCUGGAAUUUAAAGUAAGACCGCCAGCAAUACGCGGAGUUCCUAUUCCCCGGACUUACAGGGUAAAGAUAGUGUUGUAACGCUCCACAAAGUCGAAAGGGUUGUUUGAACUGCUUGAGGUCACUUUGGCGCGGGUCCAGGACGCGUCUGGUGUGAUCGUCUGCCAAUGAAGUUGACCGGUGUUCCUUACCUCCCCGUCGCCCACUUCGUUCCCCCCCCCAGCUCUCGCUGUCCAUUCGUCGCUCGCGACCCCAAUCGUCAGCACACUCCCCCGCAGUUGUUGACAGCGCUCUGAUUCCCACUGCUGUCUAACUGAUAUGACGUGACUAUCUCCCACUGCAAAUGGAUCUCUUGUAGAGUACCUCAAUAUUUCCUUAUUGUAGUUAUUUUCCACUUUUGUUACUCUAUCAGUUUGUUUACCGUAAAAUAGAUUUCAAACGUUAUAAAACCCUUUUCGUAAUACAUAUAUAUGUAUGCCUGAUGUGGUAUUUAACGACUUUGUCCAGUAUUACAUAAUAGGAAGACUACCUUUGGUGAUCUAUUCGACCGUGUGUGCAUGUGUGAGUACACAUGCGCACUCCACCACCUCCGAUCUUCUUGAUUCUGUCUGGACACCGGGUCCAGGUGAGCAGUGGGGAGGAGAGAGUGCGGCUGACGCCGCUCAAGUCUACUAUCACUUUAAAGUAAUUCACGCGCAAGUUACCGUGUCCGUUUCACCUUUGUGUGUAGCACGCGGCGGACGUCGUCGGAAUCGACGGUGGAAUUGUCAUGCGGUCAGUUGGCUGCCUUUCAAUCCACAACUUUUGGCACACCAUGGAGGUGUAAAAUCACGUUCGAUUGUUUAAAGGCAGAAAUGCGCUGAAGUUCGCAUGUAUGUAGCACUCCAGAGUCGACCUCACUCUCUUUUUCAUCACCUAGACACCAGUCCGCUGUUCGAGCCGAUCAGCCAUCUAAUGCCGGGUUCGGGAGCAGGUGAUUGGCUGAACUAGGCGACACUUCUGUACCUAUCACACACCACCCGGUCACCCGCAAAAAACAUCACGUCUCGGCACCGAAAUGAUUGGUGUCUAGGGGCGUCACAUAAAGGCCACAUUAAGCAGGAACCUUUAAGCCUGACUUUCAGUUCAUCAAUCAGUUCACCGACCAAUUUGCGCGUCGUUUUUGCUCGUCUGCGCUUUGGCGCUCGAUCUAGGACCGUCGUAGGCGGUCACACAGCCAUUCAUUAUUAAUAUUAAGCAGAACGGUGGGCUCAUGACUUAGUGGCAGACCGCUGGACCAACUAACGCACAAUAAACAAAGGAUGGGGUUUGAAACCGAAGUUCUAUAUGACGGUAACGAUAGGGUGUAGGACCCCUUCGUAGAUGGCAGCUACAAAAAUAUACCCAAAAUGCAGUGUGGCUAUAAAAAGUACUUAGUAUUCACCGUUCCCAUUGUCGAAAUUUCUUUCUAUUCCUGAUUAAGUGUAGAGUUACCAGCUGCGUUUUAGUUAAAUUCCCUUAUUUUUUGAAAGUUGCUUUUUGCUUAUUUUUAAUUAUCGAGCUUGGUUUAUUUGCCAAGCUACAGCGUACGAUACGAAUAGUGGCAGAAAUGUAUCUAUUUUCAGUGUCUUCUUACCCUUCCUCCUACAUGUUGCCCCACGCGUAAUACCCCUUCUACAAUCAUUUAUUGUAUGACACGAUUCACAGGCUAGCUCAAGUUAUUUUUGACUCGUUGCCGAGAUGACUCGCUGACGUCAACAAAAAAGCGAUAAAUGGCCACGCCGACCUCACUGGUCUUCCUCGUUCCUCCUUCGGUCAUCUAUCGGCAAAAACCGCACCUGUGUCUUUGGUCUGAAGGCGGCUUUGAGAAGGUCAAUCAAGUCACGGUAUCAAAUGUACAGUAGAUAUUAUGGAGUAGGUGAAAUGUUACCCGAAAUUUUCAAAGACGUUUUCAGUUAGGAAACAUAAUCUAUGUAGAGAUGUAAGACUAGUUAAUGUGCAGUAUAGUCCCAUGAUAUUUCUGACACGUCAGAAUGGUGGCUCUUACAUGAGUUUCUUGUCAUUAUUAAUAUUAAACAGAACGCUGGGUCCCUGACGUAUUGGCAGGACGUUAGACUCACUAACGCCCAAAGGAGGGGGCCUAAGAUCCAAGAUGUCCAAACCUGAGGUUGCAUAUGACGAUAACAAUAGGAUGUAGUAUCCCCAUGUAAGUGGCAACUACACUAACGUAAAAUGUGACUGUAAAUGUCAAUUUCAUUCAUUGUUCCCAUUGCUGAUAUUCCCUUCCAGUCCUGACUAAGCGUAAACUUACCAGCGGCGCAUGUUUGAAGUGUGUUUGUUUUCGAAACUUGCUUUUUGUUUUCUGUUAAUUAUCACGCUCGCUUUCCUUGCCAGGUUAGGCGUGAGGACGAGAUUGUGCGGCAGAUGCUGCACAAGUCUACAAUCAAUUCAAACCAAUUCACGUGCAAGUUACCGCGCCUGUUGCACCUUGGUGUGUAGCACACGGCAAACAUUGUCGGAAUCGACGGUUGAACUGUCGUGUAGUCGUCCUGUGUGCUUGUGUGCUAUCCUCGAUGUUCUCGGCCGCCACAGUGUGUCUAAUUAGACAACUGCCUAAUCCCCUCGCCGAAACUUCACCCUGUACAUUUUGUUUUGGACAGAACGAGCCCCUAUGAGUGAUAAUUCCCCAUGUGAUUGCCAAAAUCCGUCUACCCCUGACAACAGUAUAAUUCUCCCCUGUUCGCGGACUCUCCAUUGUCAGCUCUGUAAAAUAGACCACUUUAUACGCCCGUUUGUCAACCUGAAAUGGGGGCCGUUUUGUCUUCCAAAAGAAUGAUACAUUGUUGGCAACAGGGCUGACGGAGGGGGGGGGAAUGGUUCUUCCUGGGGUCAGCCGGCAGAGGGGGGAUGGCGGGGUGGAGUGAACAGUGGCAGUCCGAGGGUGAUUUUAUGACAAUGAACUUCCCCGCUCAUUCUGGCCGAGGCAACAAUUUGGCAUAGCCCCGAAUAAACGACCGCGGCGCGCUUAAACCAGCUCGCUACCAUACUCUGGAGGGGGUUGGCUGCGUUAUCCAACCAAACUGAUUAGACGCAGGCUCUUCUCUCAGACGUUGGAGGGGAAUUGAUUGUGAAUGUUUUCAUGCGUGAGGACGACUGCAAUUUUGUGACCUACACCUCUCUCUCUCUCACAGUCAUAGUCGUGGGACUGAGAUGUGUGGCGCGUUUUCUGAGCAAAUUUGCACUGUAUUCAAUUACAAAAAUAGGACCGCUCCUCGCUAGCGUGCGAGUGGCACUCUGUAAAACAUCAAAACUGUGAGUGGAUGGAAAUAAUGCAGUCUUCAUUUGAGUGAAAGUUUUAUAAAGGCAAAUGAUCAAUUUUACAAUGGAGUGAGAGGCAGUCGGUAGGAGGCAAGUCUAAAGGAAGCAGAACCCGUGGGGACUCCCAAUGAAUGCUCAUUCUAUAGCCCGGCGUCUAGUAGGCUGGGGUCCAGCAUCAGUGAUUUCAACUCUAGGUUUGUGGCUGCCUCGUGCGCCAAACGGGAAAGUUAUUUCGUAUGUCAGAAUGGCAUCUACGACAAACACAAGGGAGACUGGAAUGGCCAGUUCUGGCUUAUUAGCCGUCGCCAGCCAGUCCUACCCAGCACUAAGUGUGGAACACCCGAGGCUCGAACUUGCGACCUGUUAGUUAGAAGUCUGACGAAAAUGGUAUUGUCCUCAUGAACUAAAGAGUUAUAUCUCACGAACUCCUUGCCUUAAAGGCAGCAAGUAAAAAUGAGCAGUGAAUAAUAUAUAUAUUUUAAACGUUGUUCGGGCCUGAACUAAUAUUCGGAAGGAUGGUUUGGGGUCAGCAGAGUGGCUGCUAUCUAAAAAGUGCUUCAUGAUAGAGGAACGGGGAACUUUAUUUUCCUGCGAAUAUAUCAUCCGCACAUACGUACUGGUAGGUGUGCAUUCCCAGAAAUAUAAUUCGAAGAAAAUUGGGUCCUUAAGGAAAAUAAAUAAAGUUUAUAUCAUAGAUUUUCGACGCUGGUUUUCCAGGUCGUCGUCAGAUGUGUAGAAAGCUCGAAAAAAAACAGCUGAAAUUUAAAAAUUGAUGUUGCUUCGUGAACCUGUCGCUGCAUAACAGAGAUAACGAAGUUGAAAUAUAGGGAAAUUUGAAUUUCCACAGAAAAAAAAAUCUCUGAAAAACAGUAAGUUCAUCGUUUACUUCUCAGCAGACUAAUCAAUAAAAAUGGUAACUUAAAAACGCAAUUUAGGAGAGAAAAUGGGAAGGUUAACACGCCGAAGGGGUCUGUAAAUCAGAGGGCUGCAAUUUAUCAGGGCAAGCUGAGGUUGACCACGUGGUCUAACUGUUUGCAUAGAUCGGGAUGCUCCCGCCGUAGGUAGGCUGGACGAGGAUGGUAAUGUACUCACGAACUAACGAGUUAUAUCUCACGAGCCCCUAGCCUUAAAGGCAGCAAGUAAAACUGAGCAGUGAAUAAUACGGAGAUUCUGAAUGUUAAGUAAACUGGCAACAGAGCGCGACAGCCAAGCAGGCCAGCAAGGCGGGUUGUACUGGUGCGUCGUUUUUCACCACAUUCAAACGAGCAAUCCGGGCAAACUGUCAAAGGCAAAUUAGUCCGAUACCUCACCACAAGUCCACGCCUCUAACCACUGGGCCACGAGCCCGUUGCCCUUCGGUUUUCGAUCGGGAAUAUACAAAGAUAGGGGGCGCUCACCGAUCGUUCUUACGGAAGUCACUCGCUCCGUUGUGCCUUACGGGCUCUCACUCGAGCCCAACCAGCAGCCGCACAGCGGCGCAUGAUAUAGGCGGAAUGGUGAUACCGACAAAGAUAAGGGAGACUAGAAUGGCCAUUUCUGCCUUAUUAGCCGUUGUCAGCCAGUCAUACCCAACCCCGAAGUGUGGAACACCCGAGGCUCGAACUCGCGACCGGUUAGUUAGAAGUCCACGCUUCUAACCACUGGGCCACGAACCCGUUGCCCUGUCGGUUUCGAUCGGGAAUAUACAAACGACGACAUCCCCCGUGUGCCCCGCGGGGAGUGGACGCCGCGCCGGUGAGACAGAGCAGCACCGUUUCAACCGCACGCCAUCCGGACUCUGGCAGAAAGACGAUAUCCGGUCGACCGACGACUGACUUGUAAAUUCAAACAGCCCAUCUACACCUGCAACCCACGAAUUGAUCGCCCCAAAAUGUAUUGUGCUUCUGUGCGAGCGCCUCGGAUCUGACAUGCGUGAGACUGCCCCAGAGGCCACGUUAAACAGCAACCAUCUCAUUUUUACUAUUAGUUUUGCAGGCAUUCCAAAAUAAUCCCAUUAUGACGGAGUUAUUCCGUCAGGUAGUAGCUUUCCAGGCCACUAAUUUUAGUACGUCCUGAGAGAUUCAUGCCCAUUUUAUUUUAUAAUGCGCUAAGAUGCUGUAGGGAUAAAUUUCCUAGUGUCGGCCUGAUUUUCUCCUGCCUCUCCUGUGCGCCAGUCGACCGUCUGAUUCUCUUGGUCAACUACCGAUGAAACUAAACUCAAUCCUACAAGUGAAGCCUCGAACUCACUCGUAAGUGCGUCGUCCCGAAAAAUCUCUGCCUACUCUAUCUGGAAUCAGUUCCCCCUCCCCACUUCUGUCAUCGUCCUUAUUCACCCGCUAAUCGUUACUGGACUCUGGUUUUGGAGGUACCCUCAAUAGCUUGGCCUCCACAAACCAUUCAAAAUGGAGUCUUUACUUUUUGUCCAUUUACCGAUCUUCUGACUCACUGCACGGAGAGUUCGACGUAUCAUGCAUCACGCGAAGAGUUACUGCAGCUGAAUUCAGCUGCUGAAAGGAGGGAGAUGUUAUUACGACUUAAACCAGUAAGACGAGGCACAUAAUAGGUUGUUCCUUGUACCUCGAAACUGCAAUGCCAUAUCUCAGAGGGUGGUGACAAUGAUAAUGGCGGUGGUAGUGGUGAUGGUGAUUGUGGCGAUGAUGGUGAUGGUGGUGUUUGUGGUGGUGGUGGUGGUGGUGGCGGCGGCGGUGAUGAUGAUGAUGACGAGGAUACUGAUAAGGGCGAUGAUGAUGAUGAUGAUGAUGCGAUCGCUAGAAAAAGGAAUCUAUUGACUUCCCAUUUCGGAUUUCUACCCUCCUUGGCGGUGCGGGUGAUCAGCUUUCACGGUCGCAGUAGGCCAAACUGUUGAGCAAUCGUCACGCCGCCUAUUGACAGCGAGGGAAGAAGAACAGGAACAGCAGUUGCCCCUUCUGGGUGUGCUUGUCAAACGAUACCUUAACGGUGAACUUGAAACGACGGUUUAUAGGAAGGCAACGAACACCACACAGAUUCUCAGUUUUCACAGCAACCAUCCGGUGGCUCACAAACGAAGCUGUAUAAAGACGCUCUUCAAAAGGAUCCAAACUCAUUGCAGCAAGCCGGAGGACAGAGCGCGUGAAGCCCGCUAUCUCCGCGACCAUUUUGUGCAAAAUCGCUAUCUGAGGGCAUUCAUAAGUCGCUGUCUACGCGGUCGCCACCACAGAACUCGAACAUCCACGCCACCGACGAUAUGGCAUCCUCUGCCAUACAUCAAGGGCGUUUCGGAAGCGACUGAACGCACUGCUGCGCAAUAGGGUCAUAAAAAAUCAAAGACCGGUUAAAACCUGAUGAGCAAUCUGAAGUAGUGUAUCGCAUUCCGUGUCAAAAUUGUCCUUGUAAUUACACAGGACAGACUGGGCGCAUGCUCGGAUCGCGCAUACGCGAACAUAAGCUGGCUGUGCGACGGGGCGACACAUUAUCACAAGUGGCCGCUCACACCUACGAAAUGGGUCACGAGUUUAACUUCGCAGCCACCAAAAUAGUCGCCCAGGCCAGAAACAAAACAGGCCGAGAAUUGAUUGAAGCCUGGGCCUCGGAUGAGAACUCGGUCAAUCGAUUUAUCGAUCUGGCGCCGGUGUAUAGAGCCCUGCGUAGUCACCUCCAAUCUUGCGCCGUCGGUCGACGAUUGGCCUAG